UUCCAGAAUGUAUUCUAAGCCAUGGUAUUUACUAAACUUGCAGGAGUAUGUCGAGGUUCAUGCCAUCAUUAUCCACAGACAGCAAAUUUGGUUCCCUGUAAACCACAGAUAUGCUGGAACGUAUGUUAGUAAACACAGAUGGGAUUUUCUGACAUAUGGAGCAUAUAGGUGUGAAGAAAACAGAAAUCCUAGGAAAAGUCCAAUCUUUCGAUAUCAGUGUAAACGUCCUAUUAUCGGACAAUAUAUCAGCGUUACAAAUUUUGAUUUUACAAAUGAAAGCGCUAGACAAGGCUACUACCAUUAUUUUGAAAUAGAUGAGAUUCAGGUGAUAGGAAAAUCAACAAUGUGCGGACGACAGCUAGGACUUAUAUCCGGUGAUAUUUACGAUUAUCAGUUGGAAUCAUCAUCAAGGAAGGACAAAGAUCAUCUAUCAAACUAUGGUCGUUUAUUCUUCCCGGAAACUGGCUGGUGUUCUAGUUCUGAUGAUUUAUCUCCAUGGUUUAUAGUUGAUUUUAUUGUACCUUUAAAACUCCAAGGAGUUGAGCUACAGGGUAUAAAAGACGGUUCAAAUGUUCGGUUUAUCAACUCGUUCCUGAUAAUGUAUGGUAACGAUAGAAGCAACCUUACUAUUUACGAAGACCCGAUCGGAACAGUGAAGGUUUGCUAUAAUAUAUUGUAA